AUGCGGAGUCUUCGUCUAAGAAUUGUUCCACUUUUUGCACAGCGGUCUCUUGUGCCUUUAAUAACUUCUCGCGCAUGGUGUGCAAACCAGGCAGCCAAAGAAAACGACCAAAACGGCGCUAAUAAGGCUAAAGAAGGACCCUUAAUAACCCAGGAGGCAUUUGCAAAAAUGGAAAAGGAGCUUGAAUCUGCAAGGGAGAGUAUUGCCGAACUAAAAAAAGAUCUCCUCUAUCGUGCUGCAGAUGCUGAAAAUGCCCGCCGUAUUGGACGUGAGGAUGUUCAUAAAGCGAAGAGCUAUGGAAUAUCGUCAUUUGGCAAAGAUAUACUGGAAGUCGUGGAUACGCUUGAAAAAGGUCUUGAAGCCAUGUCGAAGAUCCCGAUUGAGGAGCUUGAAAGUAAUAAAAAUAUGAGUUCUAUUCACACAGGUGUUAAACUUUCUACCAAGUUGUUGUUGAGCAACUUGGCAAAACACGGAAUUGAAAAACUGAUUGUCCAGAAGGGUGACAAGUUUGAUCCCAACGUGCAUGAUGCGUUGAUGAAAACAUCCCCAACUCCUGAAAUCCCAAGCGGACAUAUUUCCGUUGUGCUGAAAGGUGGAUACAAGAUUCAAGAUCGUGUGCUACGGGCGCCCCAAGUCGGUGUCGCCGGCGACGAUUAG